AUUUUUUUGUGUUUUAUAUUUAUGCGUAAAAAUAUCUGUGCAUGGCGAAGAAGAGAAAGGGAAUGAUAACGCGAUCGAUCGUUUAACAACGAGCAUUAAACGAAUCUAGUCGAAUUUGCUUAAUUGUUCGGUACGCUGCAAUUCACGCGUAAGGGGGAUCCUCCGUGUCUAAAGCAGGCUGUGCUCUGAUGUGUGUGGCAGGAUCUGGGAACAGUCCUGCUGAAGAUUCCGGUUUAUCUGGGUUAUCCGGCCUAACUGGAUUCUCGGACGUGAAGCCACUGCUAUACGCGUAUCAACAACUACCUUACGCCGAUCUUCUGCCGAGUCCGGAGAUAAUCUCAACGUGGGCAUCCUCUCGACCGAUGGAUCAUUUGGCCUGUGACCUUAUGAAGAUCCUUUUUACUCCGGAGGAGAGGAUUCUCUGUAACGUAAAUGGCAAGAUGGGAAAGCAACAAUUCGAUAGUAACAAAAUACAUUUGAUAAGAGAAGUUCUGUUGCACUUUAGUGGUAUUGCACCCAACAGCGUCGAAUGGGAGGAAACGUGGAAAAAUUGCGUAACUAAAAUCGAUACUAGCAAUAGGGGCUUGAAAAGGUUGGAAUUACUUGCAGGAUCAUCGAAGCCGAAUGUAACCGUAAUCGCCGAUGCACGAGAGGCCUCGACCCCUUCGCCCGAGUCGGAAACACACGCGAGAUUUCCAAUUGGCCUCGAUCGAACACCACCUUGGAAUACGACAUAUCGACACAACGACGAGCUUUACUCGCCCAAUUAUUCGAAUUCGGAAUCGAUGCCCGACCAACAGGAAUCCAUUCUCGUGGAACGGAAUGCGAGAGUUCUUCGUUCCGUUUUUCCCACUUGUCCGGGGGCAGCUAACAAUUCGGAAUUCUCGGAGGAGACAGUGAAGGGUGGUGCCACGGCGUAUCCACCAUUUCCGUGUCCGUUUUGCGACAGGGCGUACACAAGUUGGGGUUUUCGACGAAGGCACAUCAAAGCCGUCCACACCAUUUCACCAUCUUUAAACUGUAAAUGGUGCUUACAGGUUCUUCCUACGCAUGCGGCUUGGAGAAGUCACGUAAUAUUAGCGCACAAUCUGUCGGCAAGCGACGCGCAUAACGGUCUCCUGAUUUUGGAGGAGGCUCACAUGGUUUUACAAAUUGCCCGCCCUACCAGGUUGGACACUUUAGUUAAUAUAAUUAAACAGAAUUCCCAACAGAACAACAAUCAAGAUAAUUCACAAUCGGAGAAAAAUUGAAUCGUCGUUGUAUACGACACAGCGUGCGAAACGAUUCGUAAUCGUAAAAAUUUUGUUGUCGAUGAAGGAGAAUCAGGAAAAAUUUAUAUAUAUUUUUUUUCUUAAUUUUCUAAUAUUCUCAUUUUCGGAGAAUAGAUAAAAUAUUUUUUACAGAACGAACAAUCGUCUUGAUCGGCGAUAAUUGUUUUUCUUUUACAAUAUUAUUUUUUAUAUAUUGUAUAUAACUGCUUUUAUAAUCAUUAUUUGAUGAUGAUGGCCAGUAUCACGCUUCGUGGCGUAAAAAGUAUUUUUAUUGCUUUAUCCAUUUGGAUUUUUGUAAAAAGAAAUAAAUAAACACGUUUAACGUAUGA